GAAUUUGCCUACUCAGCGAUUCACCAGUGCACUCUACGUAUCCUCAGAUCUCACACUUCUAUGGAAGCGUGGAUAUCGUUUAUAAAGAGAGUGCGCUGUUUGCAUGGCAAGGCACGGGCAUCUUCAGAGUGGAACCAUCCGACAUUCCAACGGUCACUUUCAAGUUCUGUGCUGCCAAACUGCUAUAGCGCACACAUCCUUUGCACGCUACGGGACUGCCAGUGCCCAUGAAAAUGUAUUCGUCCCAAAAUCCUUAGCUUGAUCAUAAAGAUCUAUCGAUUUAUCAUAUACGCUGACAUGAUGGCGGCUGCGGUGGCUUACCCUCUUGAAGAGACACGAUAUUGCGAAAACCCACGAAAGUCAAUUACAGACAAACUUUGCUCACAUUAGGAUUACUACGAACCGGCGGCAACACCGCUGUCCUACAGGAAUUGUCAUCUACUACCGUGUAAACUCAUCUGCGCGCAGUUUUAUCCUCCCAUUCAUACAUAUCAUACCUAAACGCAAUAUGACUAUUCAACUCCAUGGUGCUGCUGGUACUACCUGCACUAACCGCGUCUUCCUCGUUGCGAAGGAACUUAAUAUUCCCGUCGUCCUCGUCCCCGUCGACUUUGCCACUGCAGAGCACAAGUCCGAGGCUUACCUCGAGCACCAGCCUUUCGGCCAAGUGCCCUACAUUGUUGACAAUGCCAAUGUGCAGCAAUACGGCGGCAACUCCGGUCUGAUCCCUAAGGAUCCCAAGAAGCUGGCUAAGUUCGAGCAAGCUGCGAGUAUCGAAGUAACCGACUUCGAUCCACAUGCCGGCGCCAUUAUGGAGAAAGUAUUUAAAGCUUUCAGGGGUCUGCCCGCAGAUGAGACUAUUGUUGCGAAGCAUGCUGAGCUUCUCAUCGACAAGCUUGAUGCGUACGAGCGCAUUCUGAAGACAUCCAAGUGGCUUGCCGGAGGGGACCUCACCUUGGCAGAUCUCUUACACCUCCCCUACGGUGACUACCUCACCAAGGGAGGAUAUGGAGGCUUACUUGAGGACGAGGAAAAACGUCCUCACGUCGCUAAGAAGUCCCCCAUCUCUCGUCCCACCUGGCAAGCUGUCCAGAACGGUGCCUAAUUUGGUGUUCGUCGAAGAGCCGGAAGGCAAGAUAACAUGGACCGUUGAGACGGCCAAUUUGUACCGUAUUAUGUCUUAACGAAGAAUGAACACUACAGGGGACC